AUGGCUUCAAAGCUCUUCACUUUCUUUACAUUUUCAUAUUUCGUUAUCCUUGCCUUGUUUACCUCUCCAUCUUAUGAGGAUACUAUUUAUAAUAGCAAUCCAACCCGUCUAGUCUCACCAGAAACCAUUUGCGAGUCCACACCACAUCCUCACUAUUGCAAAACACUGCUCCCUAACCAAACUGCCAAUGUCUAUGACCAUUGCAGGUAUUCUGUCCGAAAAUCUUUGUCUCAAUCCCACAAGUUUUUGAGAAUGAUAGACAACCAUCUUCUAAAGCGCAAAUCCACCUUAACAAAAUUAGCAAUUCAAGCACUCAAAGAUUGCAGGCAUCUGGCUGGACUCAACAAGAAUUUCCUCUUAAGCACUUUACAAACUGUUAACACUAGUAAAACUCUUUCUAGAAGAAAAACUGAACACGUCCACACCUUGCUUAGUGCCAUUUUAACAAAUGAGCAAACUUGUUUGGAUGGCCUAGAAGACGCAGCUUCUGCUUGGAGCAUAAAUAAAGGCCACACUCAUCCUGUUUUAAAUUACAAUACUAAACUAUAUAGUGUCUCUUUGGCUCUUUUUACCAAGGGUUGGGUGCCUAAGAAAAGGCGAAACACAACAUGGAAACCUACAAAGAAACAACUUGGUUUUCGAAAUGGACACUUACCGUUAAAAAUGUCAAGCGAGACGCGUGCAAUUUACGAGUCAGUUAGUCGGAGAAAGCUAAUUAAGUUACAGGGUGUUGAUAAUGUUGUGGUGUCUAACAUCGUGACUGUGAGUCAAGAUGGAAGUGGAAACUUCACCACCAUCAAUGACGCUAUUUCUGCAGCUCCAGACAAUUCUGCCCCGACUAAUGGGUACUUUUUGAUCUAUGUUACGGCUGGUGUGUACGAAGAGCAUGUGUCCAUUGCCGAGAAGAAGAGGUACGUGAUGAUGAUAGGGGAUGGUAUCGAUAAGACAAUUAUCACAGGAAGCCGCAGCUACGUGGACAAGUCGACAACCUUCGGCUCUGCAACAUUUGCUGUGGUCGCAGACGGGUUUGUUGCAGUGAACAUAACUUUCCGUAAUACUGCCGGGGCAAUUAAGCACCAAGCAGUAGCAGUUCGAAAUGGGGCUGAUAUGUCUACAUUUUAUCGUUGCAGCUUUGAAGCCUACCAAGACACCUUAUAUACACAUUCUCAGAGGCAAUUCUAUAGAGAGUGUGACAUAUAUGGCACCGUAGAUUUCAUAUUUGGCAAUGCUGCGGCUAUUUUCCAAAAUUGUAACAUAUACCCACGAUUGCCAAUGAGUGGACAAUACAAUGUCAUCACAGCACAAGGUCGUACUCAACCAAAUCAAAAGUCAGGUAUCUCGAUUCAAAAUUGUGCUAUUAGAGCUGCCGAUGAUUUGGCUUCGAGCAAUAGUAAUGUUCAGACAUACUUAGGAAGGCCAUGGAAGACUUACUCUAGGACAAUUUACAUGGAAACUUUCAUGGAUAGUUUGAUAAACCCUGCUGGUUGGAUUGCUUGGAGUGGAGAUUUUGCACUAAGCACAUUGUAUUAUGCCGAGUAUGAUAACACGGGACCUGGAUCAAUCACUACAAACAGAGUGACUUGGCCUACUUUCCAUGUGAUUGAUAAUGCUGAGGAUGCUGCUAAGUUCACUGCGGCUAACUUCUUGCUGGCUGAUGAUUGGUUGCCUCAGACAGGAGUACCUUACAAUGGUGGCCUAAUUCGAGAAGUUUCUUAG